AUGGUCCGCAUAAGCUGCUUCCGCGUCCCCCAGCGCGCGGGAAGGCGAAACCCGCAGCUCUCCCCCCACCCGCGCCCAGUUUCCGCGGAUCUGGCGCCGUCCCCCGCUUCUCCGCCCCCAGUGCUGGCCCCAGCGGGGCCGCUGGCCCUUCGACUGGGUGUUGAGUUAGGUGCUUUGAGGCCGAAAGCAGUGACUAAGGAAGUGACUAUAGCGAAAGGAGUGGGCACGGGGGUGCUUAAGGCGAAAAUCCAAAAGGCUGACGCAGCAAUUAAGCCGCGAUCUGUAGCUACAGCUGCCGCUACAGAUGCCGGCAGGGCGGCAAGCUCGCGAGCUGGGAGUGCGGCUGUCGCAGUGGCAGAGGCUACUGAUGGCUCACAGUUCACCGGUGGGCCCAGCGCGGGCUUUAAGGAGGAGGAGUGGCAGCAGCAGCUGGCGCUGUUUGCUGGCGACAGUGGGAGGAGGGAGAUGGUUCUCACGGGCAAGGAGAGCCGGCGCUACGAGCAGGACAUAAAAAGGAUUGCUGCUCAAUUCCGCCUUCACAGUCGCAUGUACAACAAGUCCCUCGUCCUAAGCAAGGACCCUCUGCCACACUACCGCCCAGAGCUCGACUCUCGGCGGCCGCAGCGACAGCUGAGUUUCCCCCCGGAGGUUCUUGAAGCAAUUGACAGAGUGGUGGCGGAUGUGAAGGCGAAGCGCGAGAGAGAGGAGAGCGAGAGGGAAGAGAGGGAGAGGGAAGAGAGUAAAGCUGCUUUAGCUGCUGCUGGUGGUGUUGGUGGAGAGAAGCGGGGCGUGGCAGGGCGAGGGCUGACGGGGUUGCAAGGGGCGAAGGGCGAGGAGGAGGAGGGGGGGGAGGAGGAGGAUGGGGGGGAGGAAGAAGAGGGGGGCGCGGUUCGUGGUGGAGCGAGGGAGGAAGCCGAGGAGGUGGAGGAGAGGAGGAGAUGGCAGUUGUGGAGGAUCAAUGAGAGCUUGAAGCGAAGACAGCAACAAUGGCAGGCAUCACCGGAAGGGGCAUCCAUGCUGGCGUUGAGACAGAGCCUGCCCGCGUGGAAGGAGCGAGAGCGGCUGCUACAGGCCGUGCGAAAUAACCAGGUGGUUGUAGUGUCUGGCGAGACGGGGUGUGGCAAGACCACCCAGCUGCCGCAGUACCUGCUGGAAGAUGCCGUGGAAUCGGGGGAAGGGGCGCAGAGCUCCAUUAUAUGCACUCAGCCCCGGAGGAUAUCGGCGGUGGCGGUGGCAGAGAGGGUGGCUGCUGAAAGAGGGGAAAGCAUUGGACAGUCGGUGGGGUACCAAGUGCGGUUGGAAGCGCGCAGGAGCAGGGCCACCCACCUGCUGUUCUGCACCACUGGCGUGCUGCUGAGACGCCUGGCGUCUGACCCGCUGCUGACAGGCGUGACUCAUAUUGUGGUGGACGAGAUUCACGAGCGGGGCAUGAAUGAGGACUUCCUCCUCAUUGUUUUGAGAGACCUGCUCCCCCGCCGGCCCGAUCUAAAGCUCGUGCUCAUGAGCGCUACGCUCAACGCGGACCUCUUCUCGCACUACUUCAGUGGCGCGCCCACCCUGCACAUCCCGGGAUUCACAUACCCUGUGCGGUCCUACUUUCUAGAAGAUGUCUUGGAGCUCACAGGGCAUGAGGUCACUUUUCAUAACCAGGUGGACGACUACGGCAGCGAGCAGCAGUGGAAGAGGAGGCGGCAGAUGGCUCUCAUGGAGAAGCGGAGAAACAGCCUGGAACCUUCCUUUGUUCAGGAAGCUCUUACCAACCAUUCGUUUGCGUCGCACUCGCCCUUUGUGCAACGAUCCAUGCAGCAGUGGACGGGCGAGGGCGUGGGGUUCUCCCUCAUCGAAUCGGCUCUCGAGCUGAGGGAGCAUCCGCUGCUGGGGGAUGAGAGCCGCGUGCUGCUGCUGACAUGCCACGGCAGCAUGCCCAUUGAAGAGCAGGUGCGUGUCAAAAGGGCUGAGAAGUUGAUUUUCAACCCGCCACCUCCUGGAAUCACCAAGGUCAUUCUAGCAACCAACAUGGCGGAAACCUCCAUCACCAUCAACGACGUCGCCCUGGUCAUCGACACAGGAAAGGCCAAGGAAACUUCCUACGACGCGGUCAACAACGUGCCGUGCCUGCUCCCCCAGUGGGUCUCCAAGGCCUCUGUGAAGCAGAGGCGGGGCCGCGCAGGGAGAGUGCGGCCGGGGGUGUGUUUCCACCUGUAUCCGCGCCCGCUGUUUGCUGCUCUGCCGGACUAUGGCCAGCCGGAGCUGCUGAGGGCGCCGCUGCACUCGCUGUGCCUGCAGAUCAAGACUCUCGGCCUGGGGAACAUCGGGGAGUUCCUGGGGAAGGCCAUACAGCCGCCAGAGCCGCUAGCUGUGGACAAUGCCAUAGAGCUGCUGGAGGAUGUGGGGGCGCUGGACAAGGAUGAGAACCUCACACCGCUUGGUCGGCACCUCACAGCACUGCCCCUGGAGCCACGGGUGGGGAAGAUGCUGGUGAUGGCGGCGGUGCUCUCAUGUGUCAACCCUGUGCUCACUGUAGGAGCCACUCUCAGUGAAAGAGAGCCGUGGGUGCGACCAGCUGAUAAGCGAGAGGUGGCUGAUUCAGUGCGCCUGCGCUUUGCAGGGGACGACUGCAGCGACCACUUCGCGGCAGUGAGGGCGUUCGAGGGGUGGGUGACGGCUCUGGGAUCAGCAACCAGCCGCAGCGACGGAUACAGCGCUGCCAGGGCGUACUGCUACGACCACUUCCUAUCGCACCCCACCAUGCAG